AUGGCUGCCGCCGCCCGGAGGAGGAUGCGCGGCGCCGAGCAAGCAAAUCUGCCGCCCAGGCCAGGUGUCCAGGUCCCCGGAGGGCUGGCGCGGCCGCUGGUCCUGGCUCUCCUGCUUGCAUGCGCCAUCAUGCCCAGUGAGACUGAUUCAUUGAGCCAGCCUGUACUCACGUCAGAUGUUUCUACUCCAAAUAUGAAUGCUUUAACAAAGGAAAACCAAACCACACCUUCUACUUCCCAAAUCAGCACCACUCUCCCUCCCACAACUAGCACAGAAAAAAGUGGAGCAGCAUCCGUGUCCCCUCGCCCCUCGCCUACUACUACUCUGUUCCAAGAGGAAGUUGAUAACAAUGAAGAUCCUAGCAUAGAGGAGGAGGAUCUUCUCACACUGAACAGUCCUCCGUCCACUGCCAAAGACACUCUGGACAACGGGGAUUAUGGAGAACCAGACUAUGACUGGACCACCAGCCCCCGGGAUGAAGAGUCCAGUGAAGCCUUGGAAGAAAACAGGGGCUACAUGGAAAUAGAACAGUCAGAGAGACCUUUUAAAACCCCACCCUCAAAUAUAGAAGAGGAAGAUAGCCAUUUCUUUUUCCACCUUAUUAUUUUUGCUUUUUGUAUUGCUAUUGUUUAUAUUACAUAUCACAACAAAAGGAAGAUUUUCCUUCUGGUUCAAAGCAGGAAAUGGCGUGAUGGUUUUUGUUCCAAAACAGUGGAAUAUCAUCGUCUCGACCAGAAUGUUAAUGAAGCAAUGCCUUCUCUGAAGAUUACCAAUGAUUAUAUAUUUUAA